AUGGAUUUCGAGCAUCGAGUCAAAGCCUACAAGUUCGUGGCCUAUUCGGCCGUGGCCUUCUCGGUGGUGGCCGUCUUCUCGGUGUGCGUCACCCUGCCGAUGGUGUACAACUACGUCAACCACGUCAAGAAGACGAUCAACACUGACGUCAAGUACUGCAAAGACUCGGCUCGCGGAAUCUGGACCGGAGUCAACGAGCUGAAGGAGAUGCCCGCCGGCAACAGGACUGCCCGUCAGGCCGGAUACGGAGAUUCCGGAGUUGCCGGAGGAUCUGCCUCGGCUGGAGGAGGCUCUUGCGACGGAUGCUGCCUUCCUGGACCGGCCGGAGCCGCCGGAGCCCCCGGAAAGCCUGGACGCCCUGGAAAGCCCGGAGCCCCUGGACUCCCCGGAAACCCCGGACGCCCGCCACAGUCUCCUUGCGAGCCGACCACCCCUCCCCCGUGCAAGCCUUGCCCCGCUGGACCCCCCGGCCCUCCCGGACCCCCUGGACCUUCCGGAGACGCUGGAGCCCCUGGACAGCCCGGACAGCCCGGAGGAGAUGCUCAGCCCGGACAGCCUGGACCCAAGGGACCCCCUGGACCCGCCGGAAACCCCGGAGCCCCCGGAGCCCCUGGCCAGCCUGGAGCCCCCGCCCAAUCCGAGCCCCUCGUCCCCGGACAGCCCGGUCAGCCCGGACAACCCGGACCUCAGGGACCCCCCGGACCUCCUGGACAGCCCGGAUCUCCUGGAUCUCCCGGACAGGCCGGACCCAAGGGACCCCCCGGACCCGAUGGACAGCCCGGACAAGACGGAAACCCCGGACAGCCCGGACAGGCCGGACAGUCUGGAGCCGCCGGAGAGAAGGGAAUCUGCCCCAAGUACUGCGCCAUCGAUGGCGGAGUCUUCUUCGAGGAUGGAACGCGCCGU